AUGGCAUCUGGUAAUGUGUUUUUUGAUGACAUGCGUACAAGUCCCGAGGUUAUUGAUCCACCAAAGAAUGAAGACCUGGUGGAUGUCAGUGAACACGUUAAUGACCCAAUUCAGUUUUCACCAAAGUCCAAUAUCACCGUUUCUAGCAGUGUUCGUGAGCUGUUGGAAUGCCCCGUAUGCUUGAAUGCUAUGUACCCUCCAAUUCACCAGGUUUGAGUAAUCAUUUAUUUUAAUUUUCCUUAAUAUAUGUAUCAUCUUUUUAAUGCAUUUUUUCUACUCGUCAAGAGAAGCUACUGGACAUCCCCUUGAUUUCUUGGCUUUUAAAUCCCACAAAUAAGCUUGUAUAGAUCGAAUGUGAGCAGACAAUAUCAUGCUGGCAUAUUUUAAGCGGUAGGCAUAAUUAUAAGUAGGAUUUUAUAUUUUUCCCCAUCAAGGUUAGAACACCUUUGAUGGAUGAAUUGGGAUAUUGUGUUUUCGAGUUAAGAUCACAUCUUGGUAUUGUUUACUACAGUAUGUUACUUGAUGCACAUAGUGUAACAGAACACUGGAAUCUCCACGUGGAUAGAUCCUCCUCAUCUACUCUUCUCACAUAUUUCCUAAUGAAACACAAUUGAAACUUUGAGAUUAUUUGGUCUUGUUUUAGUGAAUUUAUUUCUUAGUUGUCAUCCAAAGUUUGGUAGAAUGUGUGAGGACGUUGGCCUCCAAGGUGACUGAGUCAUUAGUUGACUAGCUUAUGCCUAGGUGAAAUGGAAUUACCUUUCUUAAUUUUAUCUAGUGAUAAUUUUUAUGGGGUGACAAACUUGUGGAAUCGAGAAGAUAUUCAGGACAUUACGUUGCUUAAAAUAAUAUAAUCUUAUUUAUUUCGUGAUUAGUAUAUGAGAUAGCUCUACCUCUAGAGAAACCUGGUUUACUUUUCGUGGUUUUUUUUUUUCUUUGUGAUAUUUUUCACAUGUUAAUGUGUGUUCAAUUAACAGAGAUUCAAAGUUAGAGUUUGUGAUUUUUCUGUCUGAAGGUUUAGAAUGUAUGACUGAUAGUCAGCUGGGUAAACUGUAUAAUUUUUUUAUCGAACAUCCUAAAUUUCAACAGAAUGAAGCUUUGAAAUUGACAUUUUCUGUGCAAUGUGAUUGAUAUGUUUUGUGGUGCCUCGUGAUAAAUGUUCUAAUUAGGAUAGAUACCAUUUAACUUGAUCAAGGCCACCGAAGUUUACCCUUCUUCUAAUUAGCAUGAAUUUCAACUUCACGAAAAUUUAACUUCAUGAACUUUGCAUUAAUGACUUCUACUCUUUUUUUAUAGUUUUCUUAACUUAUUUUUUCCUUGCUUCUUAUAACUUACUUGUUCCCCUCUCUGUGUGGAAGAUAUUUCUCCUCAUUGAUUUCUCAUCCAGAAGUUCUUCCAUACCCUGCCCGGUCUGAAACUCUGUUUGAAUCUUCUCUGGCCCCCAUAUAAUAAUAAUCUCAUCAAUAAUAGCUUCCGUCUGAAGAUCGUUGAUUCAUAUACAAACUUAAAGGCCAAGAUGUUUCUAUUUAUGAGCACCCACGUUUUAAAAAAAAAUCAUUAAGCUUUUGUUUUGCCCCUCUUCUCUUUUCAGUGCUCAAAUGGCCACACCCUUUGUUCUGGGUGCAAACCACGUGUACACAACAGAUGCCCAACUUGCAGGCACGAGCUUGGCAACAUUAGAUGCCUUGCUCUGGAGAAAGUCGCUGCUUCUCUGGAACUACCGUGCAAAUACCAGAAUUUUGGCUGUGUGGGGAUCUUUCCAUACUACUGCAAGUUGAAGCACGAAUCUCUGUGCCCGUUCAGACCGUUCAACUGCCCGUAUGCUGGAUCGGAGUGCACGGUCGUGGGGGACGUGCCUUCCUUGGUGGCCCAUCUCAAGGACGACCACAAGGUGGACAUGCACAGUGGAAGCACCUUCAAUCACCGCUAUGUCAAGUCGAACCCCCAUGAGGUUGAGAAUGCCACGUGGAUGCUGACGGUAACCUUCAUAGCUCCAUUCCAUUCUGAAUAAAAGAUUGAAAUUAUCUUUUAGUUAUUAAUCCCUUGUUUGACAUAUGACUUUCAUGCUCAUCAUGUCUUGUAUAUGUUGAUGGGUACCCUUCAUAGUUCCCUCAAUGUUGAACAAAAAAGAAGAAGCGAUUUAUCUAUUUAUUAAUUUCUUGAUUAGCGUAUUACAUUCAUAGUUCUCACACUAUCUGUAUCUGGAUGGUGACAGCAAUAUUCAAUGCACUGUUGCAGCUCGAAGACAAAAUGAUGAUUAUUUUAUUUGCUAAUUAUUUUUUUGAUAUAUUAAGUACUUUUCUCACAUUAUGUGGAUCUUGACAGUAAUAUCCGUAGCUCUUUUGCAUCCUGAUUUUUUUUUGCAAUUUUUAUCUUUUAUUGAUUGCUUAAUUGAUAAAUGGCUGACUUUCAUAGUUCUCAGUGUGGAUGCUAAUGGCAACAUUCAUAGUUCCUUUCAAUCUUGAAGAGAACAUUUUGGUUAAGUCCCUUCAUUAACUGCUUGAUUAAUUCAUUACUUUCAUAGUUGUCGCAUUACAUGAAUACUGAUUCUAACACUCAUGUCCCUUCUUCUUCCUGAAGAAUAAAAAAAAAAUAGUCUGCCUAUUAAUUACUUACAAAGGGAGUGCCAGAUGGCAUUGGCCUUUAUAACUGAACGCUUGAUCUGGAUGCCUGCCUAAUCUGGAUGCUGGGCUGUAAUAUUCAAAUCUCUUUUUGAUCUUAAAUUUAAAAUGUCAAGUAUCUUAUUUAUUAGUGUGGAUGCUGGCUAUAAUGCUAUUUUUGAUGGCGAUUAAGGGCGUUGACUUUCCUCGUCCAGGUCUUCAGCUGCUUCGGGCAGUAUUUUUGUCUGCAUUUUGAGGCAUUCCAGCUGGGGAUGGCGCCUGUGUACAUAGCGUUCCUCCGGUUCAUGGGGGACGACAGUGAGGCGAAGAACUACCGGUACAGCCUGGAAGUUGGGGCAAAUGGGAGGAAGAUGGUCUGGCAGGGGGUGCCCCGCAGCAUACGGGACAGCCACCGCAAGGUGAGGGACAGCCAUGACGGCCUCAUCAUCCCCCGCAACAUGGCCCUCUUCUUCUCCGGCGGAGAUCGCAAGGAGCUCAAGCUCAGGGUCACUGGGAGAAUCUGGAAGGAACAGUAA